UGAUCGUGUUUAAUAAUUUUUCAAUGAAAUUUUUUCAAAAAAUCUUAAAUGUUUGUCCAAUUAAAGAAGUUUUGGCAUUUCUUUUAGGAUUCGCAAUGUCAGCAUUGAUUGUAAGGUUGAUAAUUACGAAUAAUAAAGUUCUUAAUCGUCCAAAUAGUGUAAAUUUAAAAAUUAAGAAUCCAAAUUAUGUUACAAAAGAUUCAUACGAAACUAAAUUAGCUGACCAACUAUAUAAAGAAGUUCGGAUAUUAUGCAUGGUCUUCACUCAUCCAGAUAAUCGCAAAACAAAAGUUCCUUACAUCAUAAAUACUUGGGGAAAAAAAUGCAACAAAUUAAUUCUCUUGAGUACCAAAAAUGACUCAAGUAUUCCUGAGAUCAUUGCUCUAAAUCAUGAUAAUGGCAGGAAGAAUCUAUGGAAGAAAACAAGACUUGCCUUGGAGUAUGUCUACAAGAAUCAUUUUAAUGACGCUGAUUGGUUCUUACGUGCUGAUGAUGACAACUACAUCCAAAUGGAGAAUCUUCGAUACAAACUUUAUCAAUAUCAUCCACAAACAUCACUUUACAUCGGCAGUCGAUUUGCUAUUCACAAAGAUGACAUCUCGGAAGGUUAUAUGGCUGGUGGUGGAAAUGUUCUAUCCAAAAAAGCUUUGAAAAAGUUUGCAACAUUUAUUUCAAGAAAUGAAACUUUAUGCAAUGCUAAGCAGGAGGCUGGCGAUGUCAUGGUGGGCAGAUGCAUACAAAAUUUUGCUAUUUUCGUUGACGCAAGAGACUCACAAAAUCAAAAGCAAAUUUUUCCAGCUGGAGUGAUUGAACAUAUGAAGCAUAAGGAACCAGAUAUGAAGUAUUGGUAUUUUAGGUAUUUGUAUCGAAAUGUCACACAAGGUGGACUUGAUUGCUGUUCCGAUAUUUUUAUUGGUUCUCAUUAUGUGAAAUCAAAGGGAAUGUAUUUUAUGGACUAUUUAAUUAAUAAUGUGCAUCCUUUUGGAUUAAUGAAGAAUGUAACGGAAGCGUUGCCAAGAAAACUUUCAUUGGAUGAAAUAAUUGCAAGUUCUGAUAAAAUUAGUUUUGCUGAGAAUUUUGUGCCUCAUAAAAGUGUCCAUUUUAUUGAUGAUGAUGAAAAAUAUUAAUAAAGUUAUUACUUUGUAUGUAAAAUGUCAUUUCUAGUCAGUCUAUAUGCUUAAUCAG